UACUAUAAUACGAGAGUGAGCGAGAGAGUCGCUGCUGCCGCUGCUGUGCUGUGUGGUGCUGCUGCUGUGCACACGAGUUUGCGUUGCCCGCGCGCCCCAACUUGCUGCUGCUGCUGCUGCGCGAGCAUCCCUCUGACACAGUUUCGCGCGCUAUCCGUGCGCCACCGCCACCUUCCCUCCUCACUCCUCCUCCUCCUCGUCCUCCAUCUCUCUCUCUCUGUUUCCCUUCUUCUUCGUUCUCAUUAGUCACCUCUAGAUCCCCUCGUAGCCCUCCCCUAACCCCUCUCUUCCCCCCAAUCGGCCCCUCGUGCGCAGCUCUCACUCACUGCGUUUGCUACUUUCUCGAAAGCGCCGAGUGAGCGAGAGAGAGAGAGAGAAGAGAGAAGAAAAUUCGCACUGCGAGGGCUGUGGCGGUCCUCCCAUGCUCCCCCUCCCCCGCAGCCGCCGCUGCUGCUGCUGCUACUCGCACACGCUCUCCUUACUCCACCUACAAAUCUUCUUAUACGAUAUGUCUCGCCAUUCGAGAUGAUAUAAUUUCUCUCAAGUGCUGCAAUUUUCAAACCCACACACCCACACACACACCCUCCUCACAUCACUCGUUCACACAAAAGUGCGCGCGUGCGGUUAUUAAUUUUUUAGUCUUACUCCGGUGCGUUACCCGGAAUCGACGUUGUUUUUUCCUUUUGUCGUUGGUUCGCGAGUGCUCCGAAGAGAGGUGAAUGUACACGAUUUAUUAUUAUACGUAUUGUCUUGUAGUGUCACUGUGUCUUGUUGUGCAAUGAUGAUGAUGUGACGACGUGCGAUGCUGUUGCUACUCUCGACGUAGUGCGGCAUCAUUCCUCGAGUCUUUCUCCAAAUAUGAGUGCGUUUAUGUUAUUGCUGUUGUUUACCUCGCCUACUGCGUUGCCGCCGUAAAAGGUAAACAAGACGACCAGUGUGAUAAGCUGUAAAGGAAAAAAAUAAAUAAAUAAAGUGUGCCGCGUGCUGUCAGCCAGACGCGCGGUGCAGUCGGCUACUGCCUGCCUGCCACCGCUGCCAGUGCUCUGUGUGUUUACCGGCGCCAAAGAUAAAUAGAGAGAAGCAUCGCGACGAUAAAAAGAAAGAAGGAAAGAAAGAGGACGAGAGGAAUUGUCUGCUGCGAAAUCGUUGUCUCUCUCCAAUAACCGUGCAGUGCUGGAGUUGCUAAAUCGCGACGGUUUUGGGCCUCGACUCGCCACUGGGUUAAAAUAGCCCUCGGCGAACGGCCCGCCAAGACAAGCCAGCACGCUGACGCGACUUUUCAACAGGCAAACGUGGACCCGAAAAUUCGCGAGGAUGCGGGAUCGGCUUUCGUGGUACAUGGUGUUUUUGAUCCUGCCCACGAUUCUACUGGCCAGAUCGCUCGAUAAAGAUCGGCGGAUACCCUACAGCAUACCGUCGGACUGGAAGGCCCUGUGGUACAGCAAUCUGGACGAGCUGCAGCGGGUGAACGAGGCGAACGAGAACAACACCGUGACGAACGUCACGGUACAGCUGGGCGGCACGGCCUUUCUGCACUGCAAAGUGCGCAACUUAGCCGAGAGGACAGUCUCCGAUGCCGAGAUAUCGUGGAUAAGGCGCAGGGACUGGCACGUCCUCACCAGUUCGAUGUUCACGUAUACGAACGACGAGCGCUUCCAGGUGCUGCAUCCCGAGGGCUCCGACGAUUGGACGCUACAGAUCAAGUACGUCCAGGAGAGGGACAACGGCACCUACGAAUGUCAGAUAUCCAGAAGUACGGGCAUACUGUCGCAUUUUGUGAAUCUAAACAUAGUGACGCCGGAAGCUUUCAUACUGGGAGGCGAGGAACACCACGUCGACGUCGGCUCCAUUAUCAAUCUCGUGUGUAUUAUAGAAAAGAGUCCGACGCCGCCGCAAUACGUGUUCUGGUAUCACAAUAACCGAAUGAUAAAUUACGACACGACGCGCGGCAGCGUCACUGUACAGACCGAUCCAGGACCGACGCAGAGCCGAUUGACGAUACGCCAAGCCGUCGAGUCGGACACGGGCAACUAUACCUGCAGCGCGUCCAACACCAAGCCAGCCUCCAUCUUCGUUUUCGUCACCGAAGGCGACAAGAUGGCAGCGAUUUUACGACGAAAAACAGCCGGUGGAACGAUGCCGAGAGGAUCGCAGCUGCUGAUGCUUCUGCUGCUGUUGGCGCUGACGACGACGCCUCGCGCUCUGCUGUCAUCGUCGUCUUGGUCGUCGUCGUCGCCGUCGUCGAGUCUGCUGCAGCUGCACUGAUGAUGAUGCGGCGACGGCGGCGGGUCUCUCCUCCCUCUUACGUCCUAAAACAUAUGAUAAUAUAAAUAAUGAAAUAACGACGACGGAGUCGCUGGCACGCAGCCUUACGCCCACGCAGUCGAGGACACGUACGCCGGGGUGCAGCGCGACGUAGCGCACGGGAGCUGCAGCGGCCACCGGAUUAUAUCGAUAUAUCCUCUCAUAAAAAAAUGUUAUAUAUGAAUAAACUAUAAAACAGACUCGUAAACAUACACACACACACACAUACACACAGACAAAUAUACACGCAAACAUACAUGGACGAGGAAAAAAAAACACGAUGCGUUAUUGCGUACAAGCUGGCUCGGAGUAAAAUAAGUCGGCGCGUGUACGUGUACUCGAGCGUAUAUGAAGAAAAAGAAAAUUAUAUAUAUGUACACCGACAAAAGAUGUCUACCUCUCCUAUCUCCUUAUAAGAAAAAAAAAUAUAUCAUAAAAAAAGAAAAACUAUACUUGUAACUUCGAUGUCAUACUCUUCGCUAAUAUCUUUCUUCCAGCUCCCCGUGUACCCAGCCCCCCGAUUUAGAUCUCUUUAUCUCUCUCACACAUACACACUCGUGCACACUUAUGCAGCUCACACACGUAGGCGUAAGCGCGCAGCUGCAAGCUCUCUCUCUCUCUCUCUCUCGAUUCUCUCGUGUAAUUUUUCGACAUCAUCCGUUCGCUAAUGUAGGCCGCACGAAUGUGCCUCGGCUGCUGUAAUUUGUUGCUCUCUCUCUACUUUCCCUCUCUCGAUCAUUGCACAUCGCGCGUAAAUAUUUUUCGCGUCACGAUUAAAUGUGCGUGACUUUCGGCCAGCUCGGAGUAGUAAAAAGGAAGAAAAAUAUAUCGUCUCAUUUUUAUAGUUUCAGCAGCGAGAGCAGGAAAAAAAGAGGAAUUGCUCGGCUAUUUAUAUUUGUACGUACGUGCAUCAGCUGUAUAAUUUAUACGCGCGUGCACUAGUCGACGCGAAUACAUGUAUGUAUAUGUUUGUGGGUGGGUGUGUGUGUGUGCUCCAUAAAAUGCGUGUGCGUGUGCGUGCUGCAAGGACGACUACCGCGCUGUACUACUGCCUGCGUGCCACGUAGAUAUACGUUGGAUUUUACGUGCAGCUUGUAAAUGUUAGCCGCGAGCGAGCGCGCGAGGGACCGAGACGAGAGAGAGUUAUGUGUGCCUGCGCUGUUUUCUCU